UUUGUGCGCGUGCGCAGCCCUGCAUGUUUCCCUGCUGCUGCUCCUGCUGCUGUUGAUGUAGCAUCUGAAAUGUGAAUGUUUACCUUGAGACAUUUGUCUUUCUUUGUGUGUUUGUAGACUUUGCUUGAGUCACCAUGAAGACAAGAUUCACCACAGUCGAUAUCCGGGCAGUUAUCGCCGAGAUCAAUACCAACUACAUUGGAAUGAGAGUAAACAACGUGUAUGACAUCGACACUAAGACGUAUCUGAUCCGGCUACAAAAGCCUGACAGUAAAGCUGUUCUCCUGGUUGAGUCUGGGACUCGGAUUCACUCGACAGAUUUCGAAUGGCCCAAGAACAUGAUGCCUUCAGGCUUUGCCAUGAAGUGUCGGAAACACCUGAAGUCCCGUCGUCUGACCCAGGUUAAGCAACUCGGGAUUGACAGGAUUGUUGACAUCCAGUUUGGCUCUGAUGAAGCUGCCUACCACUUGAUUAUUGAACUAUACGACAGGGGUAACAUCAUACUCGCAGACCACGAGUACACCAUCCUCAAUCUGCUGCGAUUCCGCACUGCGGAGGCAGAGGCAGAGGCAGAGGAUGUGAAGAUUGCCGUGAGAGAGCGCUACCCAGUGGAGAGUGCGAGGCCACCUGAGCCUCUCAUCAGCCUGGAGCGACUCACUGAAAUUCUCAGUAAAGCGACAAAUGGAGAGCAGGUGAAAAGGGUCCUGAAUCCCCACCUUACGUAUGGAGCCACUCUGAUUGAACACAGCUUAAUAGAAGUAGGACUCGCCGGCUCUGUUAAAGUUGACAGUCAAACGGAUGCUGCCCAAGUUGCUCCUAAAAUCCUGGAGGCUCUGCAAAUUGCUGAGACAUACAUGGAGAAAACACAGCACUUCGGUGGCAAAGGUUACAUCGUUCAAAAGAGUGAGAAGAAACCGAGCUUAACUCCUGGCAAACCCAACGAGGAACUGCUCACGUACGACGAAUUCCACCCAUUCCUCUUCACGCAGCAUGCAAAGAGUCCAUAUUUGGAGUUUGAUACUUUUGAUAAGGCAGUGGAUGAGUUCUUUUCAAAGAUGGAAAGCCAGAAGAUCGACAUGAAAGCCUUGCACCAGGAAAAACAGGCCAUGAAGAAGUUGAUAAAUGUGAAGCGAGACCAUGAGCAGAGGCUGGAGGCCUUGCACCAAGCACAGGAAGUGGACAGAAUUAAAGGUGAACUGGUGGAGAUGAAUCUGCCUGUGGUGGAGAGGGCGCUGCAGGUGGUGCGCAGCGCGUUGGCCAAUCAGGUGGACUGGACAGAGAUCGGCAUCAUCGUCAAGGAAGCGCAGGCCGCCGGUGACCCCGUGGCCUGUGCCAUCAAGGACCUGAAGCUGCAGACGAACCAUAUCACCAUGCUUUUAAAAAACCCGUAUAUUUCUGAGGAAGACCAGGAAGAGGAGGAGAAGAAAGAUGUGGUGGAAGAAAAAGGGAAGAAAAACAAGAACAAAGACAAAGGACAGAACAAGAAGCCGCAGAGGAACAAGCCCAUGUUGGUGGAUGUGGAUCUCGGUCUGUCAGCGUAUGCUAAUGCUAAAAGGUACUACGACUACAAACGCACUGCUGAAAAGAAAGAACAGAAAACUCUUGAAGCAGCAGGUAAGGCAAUGAAAUCUGCCGAGAAAAAAACCCAGCAGACUCUGAAGGAAGUCCAGACAGUGACCACCAUUCAGAAAGCCAGGAAAGUCUACUGGUUUGAGAAGUUCCUCUGGUUCAUCAGCUCAGAAAAUUACCUCGUCAUUGCAGGAAGGGACCAGCAGCAAAACGAGAUGAUCGUCAAACGCUACCUCCGGGCCGGUGACGUCUAUGUUCACGCUGACCUCCACGGAGCAACGAGCUGCGUCAUCAAAAACCCCUCAGGUGAUCCCAUCCCCCCUCGCACGCUGACGGAGGCCGGCACUAUGUCUGUGUGCUACAGUGCUGCAUGGGACGCCAAAAUCAUCACCAGUGCUUGGUGGGUCCAUCAUCAUCAGGUGUCUAAGACGGCUCCCACUGGAGAAUACCUGACCACUGGAAGUUUCAUGAUCAGAGGGAAGAAAAACUUUCUGCCGCCUUCUUACUUGAUCAUGGGCUUUGGAUUCCUCUUCAAGGUAGAUGAACUGAGCGUGUUUCGGCACAAAGGGGAGAGAAAGGUGAAGACUCUGGAGGAAGACAUGGAGGAGGUCACAUCCAGAGCUGCCGAGCUGUUGGAGGAGGGAGAGGAGCUGAUCGGUGACGACAGCAGUAAUGAAGAUCAGGGCGAGGAAAGAGCGGAAGGAGAUGGAGAGAAAAAGGAGAUUAAAAAGGAAAACGACACCGAAGCGGGUGAUGACGUGAGCGGAGAACAGGACGGCGUUUCUGAGGCCAUGGAGGCCGAGGCAGAGGAGGACAGAGAGGACAGCGGGGUGGAAAAUGAGACUGUGGAGAGUGAAGAAUUCAGCUUUCCAGAUACGACCAUCUCCCUCCCUCAUCUACAGCCCAGCAGAAAUAUUCAGAACCCUGGUUUCAAAAAGGAAACGAGCGCUCAGGCCGAGAUGAACUCACAGGGGAGGAAACACAUGACUGCCAAACAGAGAAGAGACGGGAAGAAGAAACCGAAACAGGAAGAUUGUGACACUGAGGAAACUGACGUUUCAUCCAGUGGACCAGCAGCUGAUCCGGGGCCCAGAGGUGGAAGUGGAGGUGGUGGAGGAGGAGGCGGUGAAGGUGGAGGUGGUGGAGGAGGAGGAGGUGGAGGAGGUGGCUCCUCACAGAAGCCUCUGAAGAGAGGUCAAAAGAACAAACUGAAGAAGAUUAAAGAGAAAUACAAAGACCAGGAUGAAGAGGACAGAGAGCUGAUGAUGCAGCUGCUCGGGUCAGCUGGCCCAACAAAGGAGGAGAAGGAUAAGGGGAAGAAAGGAAAGAAGGGGAAAGGUAAAGACGAGCCUGUGAGGAAACCGCCCGCUCAGAAACCACCUCUGAAGCCUCGUCACACAGAAGCGGCGGCAAAGAAGCCGGCGCUGGCAGGAGGAGAGCAGGGUGAGGAGGGCAGGCCGCCCGGAGAGGAGGGAGCUCCUGCUGAGGAGGACAAGGAGGAAGAUGUGGACCAGGACAACCCCGGAGCUGAGGAAGCAGAGAAUCUGCUCACGUCUCUGAGUGGCCAGCCUCAUCCGGAGGAUGUGUUGCUGUUUGCUGUGCCUGUCUGCGCUCCAUACACUGCCCUCUCCAACUACAAACACAAAGUUAAACUGACUCCAGGUUCACAGAAGAAAGGCAAAGCUGCACGCACUGCUGUCCUCAGCUUUAUGAAAGCCAAAGAAGCCUCGACCAGAGAAAAGGACCUGUUCCGCAGCGUCAAGGACAUGGACUUAUUCCGAAACAUGCCAGGGAAAGUUAAAGUGUCCGCUCCAAACCUGCUGGCUGCCAAGAAGAAAUAACAGACAUGUCAAAACAUACCAAAUGUGGUCUGAAGACACAGGAGUGAAGGAGUGCCACGAGCGGCCCACAGGACACUGCUGAGGAACGCUCCUACAGGACGGCGGGGAGAAAAAAAAAAGACAUUUCAGAUGGUGCUGAAUGGCACAGUGAGCGUCAUUCAGAAGGAAAACUAUUUUUUUAUGUAACAGAAUGAUUUACCUUAUUAUUCAUAUUUAAUAACUCAGGGACAAAACCCUUAAAUGCAUCAUGUAUUCAGGGAGUUUAUUAAUUGGGUCCUAUUUGUCUGGGAUUAAACCUGUAUUCAACUUCAGUCUGAUUAUUUACACGUUUAAAUCUCAAGUAAAAAGAAAAGAAGGGGACUAAACGUACAUUUCAUGCCAUUCCCAUGUGUCCAGAUCAAUGUAGUACAGGUCAUUUAGUCUGUAAUUCUGUUGAAUAAAGAACAUUUGUUAGGAUAGAACUUAACACCAGACAAUUUGUAUACCGAGUAAACAUGUGACCCGAAACAAGCAAUUAGAAGACAUUAUAUUUUAUAACAAAGUAAUUAAAAAGAAACGCUAACCUUGUAUCGUCCCCCAAAUACAUAGCCUCUGUUACCAACUGUAGCACAUGCAUGAGCGGCUCUGGGUGAAGGAGUGUUCCCCUACAACGGGUCAUACCAGCACACAGACAAAAAACCCAUGGUGUUAAAUACUUAACUCAAACAUUGUUUAGCCACAUAUUAAAAUGAACUGAACGAGUAGACUUAUGUGCUUCAAACUCUAGUGUGUACGUUUUAAAUAUCAACAAAUAUUCCUGUGUUUACCGAGGUAAUAGGCUGGCUCCAUGUAGAGGUCUCCAGGUCCAGGAUGUGAAUGUGAUUAUUCCAACCUCGCCCAGGACUGUCCCACUACAGGAAACAGACAAAACCUUGGAAAACUGGCCGAACUUUUCUCAAAAAAUGUAGUCAAAUGAAUUCAUGUUAAUUAAUUUUUCACUGUAUCUUUGUCUACAAACCACAAGAGAAGACGAUUCGUCAUAUUCAAACGUCCCUCGAUGGGGUCCCUGUGCAGCAUAGCCGUAGCCCCCAAAGAAUAUGAGUCUGUGAAAGCAAAACACAAACCUGUGUCAGUACUUUGAACCAACAGCUAAAAACUGGGUCAGAGGGGAGGAAAAGCCUUGAAUUCAUGACAAUGUUUCACAAUUGCGUCCAGGAUGAGAAACUAAACCACUUGUCUCUCACCUGUUCCUGUGAACCCAGCAUCCUAACUUGUCCUUUGAUGAAGGAGGGAGUCCUUUAAGAUCAGUCAUUUCCUCCCACACGAGGCUGGGAGCUCUCAGAGGCAGGCGGUAGAUCUAGAAGCACAGAGGACAGGAGGUUAUGAAAAUGAUCAGUAGAGACAGCAGGCUGAUACUCCUCAUGCAAACAUGUACUAUAUACAAUACUAUCAUAUAAAAAAAAUUACACAACAUGAUAGAAAAUUACUCAAAUGGUACCCCAUUUGUGUUUCCCCGGGCGUGGUGACCUCCAAAUAGGUAAAGGACUCCAUCAACACACACCCCACAGCUGCCUGACAUGGAUGUGUGUAGGUUACCGCCGGCAACAUGUUUUGUCCUGGAAACAUUAGUUUACCAACAGUAAAAAAAAAAACAUAUGGACAUUGUAUCAAUAUGUUACUAUAAUAAGGGUAUUAAGGUCAACCAAGCCCAUUUAUUGCACUUGUCGCUCUAUGGAAUCUUUCUAUAAGGAUGUAGAAACAUUCAUGUUAAAAACAACAUGACCAAAACCUGAAAAUUGGGUGAUUAUUUAGCCAAAAUAAAUCAUUCACAUAGAUCAUCCAAUUAGCAAUUUGUGUGGGUUUUAUUAUCGCUAUUGUUCACUGAGUUUUCCCAUUUAUGGCCCUUGUAACUACUGUUUUUUUUAAAAGAAAUUAGUAUUAAUACAUUUAAAAAAAAAAAUAAUAAAUAUUUAACAGUU